AUGGCCGGAUCCAUGCGGGAGGGGUGCGACAGCAAAUCAGUGAUGCCUCCAGCACCCUGCUCUGGUCAAACCGCACGCGCUCUACUUAUAUUCUCCCGACGCCACCAGCUCCAUCCCCAUCACCUGCCUCCACCAACCAUGGCCGCGUACUGCUCUCUGCUGCUGGCCUUGCUCCUCGCGCUCUCCUCCUCCUCGUCGGCGUCGGCGGCAACCCCGUAUGGCUUCGAGUUCCCGCAGUUCAACGCCGCCGUCGCCGACGCCGGUUGCGACGGCAAGCUGGUCGCCGAGGAGGAGGCGCUCGCGCGCCGGGUCCCGCCGCUCAAGCUCCACAUGACCCACCGGUCCGCCGCCGCGGGCGCGACGGGGACGGGCUCCUUCUUCCUGGAGUCGUCCGAGAAAGACGCCGUCCGCAUCGAUACGAUGCACCGGAGGGUCGCCCUGUCCGGCUCCGGCGCGGGGCAGAGGGGUUCGGCGCCGAGGAGGGCGCUGUCGGAGCGGGUCGUGGCCACGGUGGAGUCCGGCGUGGCGGUCGGCUCCGGGGAGUACCUUGUGGACGUGUACGUGGGCACGCCGCCGCGCCGGUUCCGCAUGAUCAUGGACACAGGCAGCGACCUCAACUGGCUGCAGUGCGCGCCCUGCCUCGACUGCUUCGAGCAGAGCGGGCCCAUCUUCGACCCGGCGGCGUCCACCUCCUACCGCAACGUCACCUGCGGGGACAGCCGCUGCGGCCUCGUCUCGCCGCCGGAGACAGCGUCGCCCAGGGAGUGCCGCCGCCCGCGGAGCGACCCCUGCCCCUACUACUACUGGUACGGCGACCAGUCGAACACCACCGGCGACCUCGCGCUCGAGGCCUUCACCGUCAACCUCACAGCCACCGGGACCCGGCGCGUGGACGGCGUGGCGUUCGGGUGCGGCCACCGGAACCGCGGCCUCUUCCACGGCGCGGCGGGGCUGCUGGGGCUCGGCCGCGGCCCGCUCUCGUUCGCGUCGCAGCUGCGCGGCGUCUACGGCGGCCACGCCUUCUCCUACUGCCUCGUGGAGCAUGGCAGCGCGGCCGGGAGCAAGGUCAUCUUCGGCCACGACGACGCGCUGCUCGCGCACCCGCAGCUCAACUACACGGCCUUCGCGCCGGCCACGGACACGGACACCUUCUACUACCUCCAGCUCAAGUCCAUCCUCGUGGGCGGGGAGGCGGUCAACAUCUCCUCCGACACCCUUGCCGCCGGCGGCACCAUCAUCGACUCCGGCACGACGCUGAGCUACUUCCCGGAGCCGGCGUACCGGGCGAUCCGGCAGGCGUUCAUCGACCGCAUGAGCCCGUCCUACCCGCUCAUCGCCGGGUUCCCGGUGCUGAGCCCGUGCUACAACGUGUCCGGAGCCGGAAAGAUCGAGGUGCCGGAGCUGUCGCUGGUGUUCGCGGACGGCGCGGCGUGGGAGUUCCCGGCGGAGAACUACUUCAUCCGGCUGGAGCCGGAGGGGGUGAUGUGCCUGGCCGUCCUGGGCACGCCGCGCUCCGGCAUGUCCAUCAUCGGCAACUACCAGCAGCAGAACUUCCACGUUCUCUACGACCUGGAGCGCAACCGGCUCGGCUUCGCGCCGCGCCGGUGCGCCGAGGUCUAGGCCGGCCGGCCGCCGUCCAUCGUCCAUUAUUCCAUUUUGACUGAUUGGUUCGAUUGAUUGGUCGGUCGGUUGUGCUCCACGUACGUAGGUAGGCAAAAAGUGGCCGUGCUAACUGUAUUGGAAGAACGAACGAACAAAGUGGGUUGGGUGUAGAAAUUUUGGCACCGGGUUUUCGUACCUUACGAAGCCACGUACGUAGGUGGCUGCUAACACUUUGGUUAUUUAUUUUUUGCGAGACUUUGGGGCUUGUGUUCAUAUGUACGACUCCAGAUGGAAUGCUCUGUUUGGUGCUCAUUUUCGUCUUAAAUGAUCAUGAAAUGGACAGAGAUGUAAAUAAUGUUGUUGAAAUUGCACAUCAUGUGUUACAGAAA